GGCGCCAUCCAGGUGGCCGUGUCGCAAUGGGGGUGGUGCGCAGUGGUGGGGGCCGUGUGGAGGUGUCGUCUGCUCAGAGAGGGUCUACUCACCCCGACGUGAGGGACGACAACGGUUGUGUUCCAGGGGUGUCUGAACGAGCGGUAGUGGACAACAUCACCCGUGGAGUGUCGAACAUGCGGGCGCACAGCGAUGGUGUGGGAGAUGAUGCGGCAUACCGUAAUGACGACGACGACGAUGAGACGGAGGAAAUCAACGUGGGGGAUGGCAAACACAACGUUGACAUUCGUCCAUUGGGGAAGAGGGCAGGGAGGGGGAGAGGACGCACGAGAGGUGGUGGUCGAGGACAGUCCAAUGGUCGGGCUGGCAGAGGUGGCGCUUCCGAGGACGGUUCGAAGUCGGCAACGUAUUGGACAAUAGAGGAGCAGAUGCUCCUAGUCAGGUGCAAGCGUGAGCAAGACAUGCACAUGGCUGGUCUGGGUCACAACCACGGGCGGAUGCGGACGAAGGAGUGGAAGUGGAAAGACAUAGCAAAACGGUUGGCCGUGUUGGGGACGGUGAAAGACGUCGACGACUGCUUCCGAAAGUGGGAGAACCUAUUCCAAAACUACAAGAAGAUCUUCAGAUUCCAAGGAAAAAGUGGCGGGAUGGAUUUCUUCAGGUUGACGAACGAGGAAAAAAAGGAAGAAAAUUUCAAGUUCAGAAUGGACAAGGCGUUGUACACUGAGAUCCAUGCGAGCAUGGUCGGUAAUUACACCAUUUUCCCACCCAACGUCGCCGACAUUGGUUCUCCUGAAGGGGUGCAGUUGCCGACAUGAGGAGCGGUGGCCGGGGAGUGCGUGGGGAAUGAAGGUGUCGGUGAUGC